AGGAAGCAAAAGAGAAAACAGAGAGAAAAAAGUGGAGGAUUGUUGAAGAGAGAGAGACUCCUGAUUUGAGAACGCCACACACACCCUCCCAUCUCCGAAACAAAAGCUUCAAAUUUUGGGUUCAAGAAAAGGGGAUUUAUUUAAAAUCUAAAAACAAAGAGAACUGCACAACAAAACUCGGGUGUGACAAGACAGAGAAAGAAGAAGGAUCAUUCAUUUGGGACUGUUGUUUUCAAGGAAAAGUUUAAGUUUUUUCAUAGAUCAGAGGUGAUGUCGUGUUCUUCUUCAUCUGGGUCUGAAGAGGACGAUGAGGGAUUCGACUCCUACCGGAAAGGGGGGUACCACGCCGUCAGAAUCGGCGAUCAGUUCGCCGGCGGCAGGUACAUAGCGCAGAGGAAGCUGGGUUGGGGUCAGUUUUCCACAGUUUGGCUUGCCUAUGAUACUUCAACAUCUGCAUAUGUUGCACUUAAGAUUCAGAAAAGUGCGGCCCAAUUUGUUCAGGCUGCCCUUCAUGAAAUUGAUGUUCUUGCAUCCAUUUCUGAUGGCGUUGAUGUUAAUUCAAAAUGUGUUGUCCAGUUGAUUGAUCACUUUAAGCACGCAGGUCCUAAUGGUCAGCACCUUUGCAUGGUGAUUGAGUUUCUUGGGGAUAGCUUGCUUCGUCUAAUAAAGUAUAACCGGUACAAAGGUCUUCCAUUGAAUAAAGUUAGGGAGAUCUGCCAUUGCAUUUUGAUUGGUUUGGAUUAUUUGCAUAGGGAACAUGGUAUUAUCCACACUGACCUAAAACCAGAAAAUGUUCUUCUGAUUUCUACCAUUGAUCCUGCAAAAGACCCUGUUAAAUCUGAAGUCAGUCCAAUAUUGGAGAGGCCUGAGGGAAGCAUAAAUGGUGGAGUUACUAGUCUUAUUGAGAAAAAAUUGAAAAGAAGAGCUAGGAGGGCCGUUGCUAAAAUCUCUGGAAGAACAGCCUCAAUAGGAGGAACAGAAGAUCAAAAGUCUGUGAGAAAUCUAGAUGGGAUUGAUGUGAGAUGCAAGGUGGUAGAUUUUGGAAAUGCUUGUUGGGCCGACAAGCAGUUUGCAGAAGAAAUUCAGACAAGACAGUACAGAGCUCCUGAAGUAAUACUGCAGGCUGGCUAUUCCUUCUCUGUUGACAUGUGGUCUUUCGCGUGCAUUGCUUUUGAGCUUGCCACUGGUGAUAUGUUAUUUACGCCCAAAGUUGGACAAGGUUUUAGUGAGGAUGAGGAUCACCUUGCCCUGAUGAUGGAACUCCUUGGAAAGAUGCCUCGGAAGGUUGCUACUGCUGGAGCAAAAUCGAAGGAUUUCUUUGACAGACAUGGCGAUCUGAAAAGAAUUCGAAGACUAAAGUUUUGGCCACUUAGCAAAUUGUUGGUUGAUAGAUACAAAUUUUCGCAGAGUGAUGCUCAUGAAUUUUCAGAGUUUCUUCUACCACUUCUGGAUUUCGUCCCUGAGAAGCGGCCAACAGCACAGCAGUGUCUGCAACAUCCAUGGCUCCGGGGCACGGAGUCAAACGAAAAAAAUGAAUCCAGUGUGGAGAAUGUGGGUGUUGGAAUGAGCAACCUUAAAAUCAAGUGAAGAAAAAUUAUUCGACAGUCAGCAUCCCCCAUGAAUGAAUGACUAUGGAAUGUAAUUUGAUUUUGGUUUGUGCAAAUUUAAUAAGAUUUAUUUUUUUAUUGGAUAACUACAGAGAUGUAAAUUAGUAAAGAAUUUUGUUUAUUCAGAGAUAUCUGACACAAUUUGUGUGUAUAUUUACAACAUGAUGAUUUCAUCCAACAAUAGGAAUAGAAUACUAUAAUGGAUUGAAAUGGAUUAGUGAAACACGAG